UUAGGAGUGUUAAGAAUUUAUUAAGACAUAAAUAAAGAAUAGAGUUACGAAAUGAAUCAGCUUAUAGAUAACGCAACGCAAGAGAGGGACUGAAUCCGAAAGAGUUGUGAUCUUCAUCUACUAACACUCUUCGAUCUAGUGUAAGUGAAUGAUGGCGACGCAAGUGUAUUCGGUGUGGGCGAUUCCACCGCCUGACGUGGCGGCAAGGUUGGGGAACCUCAUGGCGGGACUUCGAUCGGAGUUCGGUGGUCCGCAUUUCGAGCCGCACAUCACGGUGGUCGGAGCCAUCAGAUUGACCGCCGAUGAGGCUCAGAACAAGCUCCGAUCGGCGUGUGAAGGAUUCAAGGCCUACGAUGUGACCGUUGACCGCGUCGCCUCUGGCACCUUCUUCUAUCAGUGUGUUUAUCUUCUCCUUCAUCCCCAUCCUCAGGUUAUGGAAACUAGCUCACACUGCUGCAACCACUUUGGUUACGAGCGUUCAACUCCUUACAUGCCACACUUGAGUCUUAUUUAUGGCGAUUUAACUGAGGAAGAGAAGCAGAAGGCUAUAGAGAAGGCUAAUGUUCUUGAUGAAAGUCUCAAUGGCUUGAGCUUUCAGAUCAAUCGCCUUGCAUUAUACAAAACUGACACUGAAGACAAAACUUGCAAGUCUUGGGAGAAAAUUGCUGAAUGCACCCUUGACUCAAAUUAGCCUGGUCAACUUUGAUACUACUGCCUCUGGUGUACAAAAAACCAAUAACAAAUAGUUUGACCUCUGCCGUCGUUUUAUAAACUAUCCGUUUUCUAUAUUUACUUGUUCUUUUUUUCCUUUUUGUACUGCAUAGUCCCUUUCUCUUUCAUUUUUAGUUGUUUCUCUGCUGCUAAAUUUCUAAUAAUAAAAUUUACCUUAAGAAAUGCACUACUAUAGUUGUAGCAGACGGGGGUAAACAUUAUAGUAUUAUACUAUCAAAUUUGUUUGAUGUAA